GUGGGAGCUGGUAAGGUGGGUUAACUCCAGCUCAAGUCUCCGUGAAGCGCAGAGCACUGAUGACGUUGGGUUGGAUGACCAAUCGGGAGGCGCUGCCCUUUGGAGACAAACCAUUUUACUUGUAGUGUCUGCAUCAAGUCUGCAAGCAAGGGCUCAAUUUUAACAGAAUCCACCUUAAAAUCUUUCCCUUAACUUAUACCUUCCGCCACUUUGAGUGAGAAUAUCACACGACAAGGGGGGAAAUAAAGACGCCUCUGGAAAAUUCGGGUGUUAAUAGGACAAUAUAUGUUCGCGGUGGAGAGGGGAGAGAGACAACAGCAUAGCGAGAGAGAGAAAACCGAUUUGGUCUUGAGAGAGAGGGGGGUGAGUGCUCUCAAGGCAGAAAAUUCGAUGAUGACCAUGACUACGAUGGCUGACGGUCUGGAGGCUCAGGACUCGUCCAAGUCUGCUUUCAUGGAGUUUGGGCAGCAGUCGCACUCACAGCAGAGCUCCCCGUCGAUGGCCAGCGGCCACUACCCGCUGCACUGUCUCCACUCCGGCUCACACGCGCACCACCAGCACGACAACACCGCGUACACCGGGACCAACACCUACAACCGGUCGUUACCCUACCCCUACGUGAGCCAUCCGCACCACAGCCCGUACCUGCCAUCCUAUCACAACAACACGGGAGGACAGACAAGGUUAGACGGCACAGAGCAGAAAACGACGGUGAUUGAAAACGGGGAGAUUCGUUUUAAUGGGAAAGGAAAGAAGAUUCGCAAACCUCGGACAAUUUAUUCCAGUUUGCAGCUUCAAGCACUGAACCACCGUUUCCAGCAAACACAGUACCUCGCUUUACCGGAGCGCGCCGAGCUGGCUGCUUCUCUAGGACUGACACAAACACAGGUUAAGAUCUGGUUUCAGAAUAAGAGGUCAAAGUUCAAGAAACUGCUCAAGGCGGGCAUCAACCCGCACGAGAACGACCCUAUGCCGGCCUCCAUGUCCCUCUCCCCGCGCUCCCCGACCAUCCCUCCGAUAUGGGACGUGUCUGCCUCUUCCAAAGGAGUAAACAUGCCGGCCAACAGCUACAUGCCCGGCUACUCUCACUGGUAUUCCUCCCCACACCAAGAUUCAAUGCAGAGAUAGACUGAGGAGGAAGGAAGGUCAGUGAGCUGUCUGGAGGCCUCCGGAUCUCCGCCAUGCAGUUUCCAACGUAGCCUACAAUUUGUGUCAGCGCAGAACUGGAGAGGAAGAAAACCCCCUCUGCUGCUCCUCUGCCGAAGGAUAAAAACGCAGCCAUGCCUCGGUGUGAUGACACAAAGGGAACUAACCAUUUUAACGUAUGGCUGUGCAGUGGGACUCGCAUAUUUGUUAUGCUUUCAUUCAUGUCAACAUCUGACCGUCAAUAUACCAAAUAUUAUCAGUGACAUUUUAGCCAUUUUGGGCAAAGACUGCUUACACUCUCCAUGCGCACUGGCGCCCAGAGCCUGUCGCCAUGGUGGACUCCUGACUGCUUUUUUUGGUUGUUUCUCCAACAUGCAAAAUCAAGCAAAUUGUCUGUCUGUAAAUAUACUCUGCGAUUUUAGUUGUACAUACUCUUUUUAUGUUUUGUCAGAUUGAGUAAACCGUGACUCAAAACAGAUGCCUGCUGUUGCAUGAUUUCACAAAUUCAUUUUAAACUAGGCCUUUUUAUGCUUCAUAUUGGGCCAACAUCACAUUCUACCAGGCCCACUUCCCAUUCUACUGGCGUGUACGAGUUUCUAACAUACAAAAAGAACAUAAGGUAAUGACACAGUGCUCAGUGAAAAGCCCAUUUCAUCAGAGUAAACGAUUUAAAUAAAUCCAAAGCGCUUAAUGGAGCUGAAUAACGCCACAGUAUGAAUUAUCAAAUGCUCCGGAGGAAAUGAACUUACCCUUCCCCACUGCUGUCUACAUUCACCUCGAAACUCCAGGUCCAGUUUAUCUUGUAAUUUCACCCCCAAUCAUUAGAAGUAUUGACAAAAUGUUUUCUCCCUUCUCUCCGUCCUAAUGCAGGCCGUUAAAUGCCAAGCUCCACGGGAUCGAUGUUGAACAAAGCAGCCAGCUGCAGCGGCGUUCAAUAUGAAGGAGAUAUUUGGGACAAUUUGUGGGUUUUUAUCCAAGUGAGGCUUUUUUUCCAUUCUC